UGCAGGACUUAUACUUGUGAUGGAGUUUUAUAGUGUGGUAUUAGAACUUAAGUGAAGGAUCUAGAUACCCCUCCACCUCUGCACAUAUCCAGCUGUCCCUCACUCAUUUAAUAAUUAUUAUUCCCAACUUUGGCCGUGCAGAGUUCAUGUGUAACUGAGCUUUGGAUGAAAACGUGCAUCACCUCUCCCAUCUGCUGGCUGCUCCUGCUGGGCGCAUGCGCAGUGCGGCUCUCCAUCAUUUCCAAUAUCCCAGUGUAGGAGAACCAGCAGAAGCAAGAGAACUAAUGGUGAUAGUGGUGAUAGACAGGAGAGGCAGGAGAGAGGGCCUGGAUCAGGUACAAACCCAGGCUAUUCUGUUGAGGACUCAGCCUUAAUGCUAAACAUCUGACCAGGAACCAUGGGAAUACCACUGCCCAACCGCGUUUGGGAACCAAUAUGUUGAACAUAUUCUACUUGUCCGACUGAGGAACGGUAUUCUGGGUGGACAGAAGACAAAUGGUAAAAAACAAGUAAUAUAGGACUUUCCCGUGAAAGCAAAGCACACGCCAACUCCUGAUCCUCACCUUUUCAGCCAGCAUCUUCCCGGGUCGGAUGGCUCUGAAUGACAAGAUGCAGUAAUGGAAGUCCAUGCGCAGUUCAGCACUGUAGCCAUGAAGCAGCUCAAAGGGUAGGGUCUGUCGUGAGCUCGCCUCACCCUACCCGACCACCCACUCAUCCACCACCCCAUCAGCUCCACCUGAGAGAGUCCCACGCUGACGCAUAAUCCCCAUCUCCUCAACCCUCCCACCACCUCCACCACGGCUUUGGAAGACGAACAUGACGUGCAUUGCGAAGACACUGGUUGAUGUCUGAUAUAUAUACCUCUGAGGUGUCGAGCGUAAAACCAGUGGAGCAAUGAAUGGCGGAAAGGACUGUGAGGCAGGAGAUGAGAGGCAGGCCGUCCCUGUCCAGGUCCCCAUUGGCUGGCAGCGCAAGGCGGAGCACGGCGGAGGGGUCAUAUAUGUAAGUCCCAGUGGCUCAGUGCUGUCCAGCUUGGAGCAGGUGAAGACCUACCUGCUGACAGAUGGAACCUGCAAAUGCGGCCUGGAGUGCCCACUCAUCCUCCACAAGGUGUUCAACUUCGACCCAGGGGCGGCUGUCAAGCAGAGGACAGCAGAGGAUGUGAAAGCAGAUGAAGACGUCACCAAACUUUGCAUUCACAAGAGGAAGCUUCUGGCCGUGGCCACGCUGCACAAGAGCAUGGAGACGCACCCACCUCUGACGCUGACCAGUCCAGGGGGAGGUACAUCAUCUGUGGUUGCCGCGCAUUCCACGACUCAACGAGCAAUAAGGACUAAACCCCAGGAUGGUCUGUCCAGUGCUGUCGGCCCUGACUGCAAGAAUCCUUUCAAGAUGAUGAUGGCAGCUGGACAGCAGCAGCAGAGGCUGUAUCCACCCCAGGAGAUGGGUGGAGCCCAGCAGCCCGAGCUCUACUCUGGGUACCCCAGGUCACAGAGGCUGGGCAGUGGGGAGCCAGGCCCCAAAUCCCCUUACCGGGCUGGGUAUGGAGGCAUGCUGAGCCCACCUCCCUCCAGUGCUAAGCUGUAUGGAGAUGGCUCACAGUCUCCCAGUGCAGACACUCUGGGCAGCCCUGAGGGCUUUCCAAGGACCAAUCCUUGUGGUUUUCCGGGAGCCGGCAGUCCCGGCUCAGCCUCCAUACAUGGGAAUACUAGGACGCCUCUUUCCCCACCCAGUGUGAUGCUUCAUGGCUCCCCUGCAGGCCAGCCAUCCUGCGCCAUGACAGGGAGGACUAGCACGCCCCUCUCCCCGACGGCCACUGCCAAAAGCCCUGUCAUGAACAUGAACGUGCCGCGGGGGAACUUUCCCCCUGGUAUGGAUAUGCCCCGUGCAGCAUUUCACCAUAAAACACAGCCCCCUGUGCAUCCCGUGCCACCCCCUCCAUCCAUACCACCAUCCUGUGCCCUUCAGAAAAGGCAGUUAACCUCUGAAAAAGACCCAUUAGGCAUCCUGGACCCCAUUCCCAGCAAACCAGUCAGCCAGCCCCCCACCAACCCCUCCAACUUCCAGCCUAACAUCCACUCUCAGGUACCAAUGAUGAAUGUAAACAUACCCCCUCCCGCCAUUGUUCCCUUGCCAAGCAACUUACCUUUACCCACAGUGAAGCCUGGGCCUGUGGGGCAUGGUGGCCAUGUUCAGAGGACUCAACAGGGUGGUCCGGCUUCCUCCAUGUCCCCCUCCCCAGUCACUUCCCCUGUCCACAUGGCCGGGCCUGCCCUUGGGAGAAUGGAGGCCUCCCCUCAUCGCUCACGCUCAUCCUCCACCUCCUCUGACCAUGGGAACUUUGCAAUGCCCUCUGGGCACCAGGGCCCGUGUGGCACCAUGAAGGUCCCUCCUCGUUCCCCCAGGUCAGCUAUGGGAUCUCCCAGGCCAGCCAUGCCCUCCAGCCCCUCCACCAACAAAACAGACCCGCUCCACCCGUAUAAAGACUCCCAGCUGCUGCCUGGGAUGGGAAACUCGAUUGGCAACCAGCAGCACGGCAACCCCAUGUACUCACCCACCUCAUCCUCCUCAUCAUCCUCUUCUCUGGCAACCCCCAGCGCUUCCCAGAAGGGCCACCCAGGACUCCUGGGGAUGCCCCUCAACCAGAUCCUCAACCAACAGAAUGCCGCUUCCUUCCCCGCCAGCAGUCUCUUGUCAGCCGCAGCCAAAGCACAGCUAGCAAAUCAAAACAAACUCAGCGCUGCUGGCAACAGCACUGCUGGCAUGGCUGGUGGUGGAGUUGGUAUGGCGAGCAUGGGGGCAGGUGGCGGAGGUAAUGGUGGGGGUGGUGGGCACCCUGGCUCUAUGAGCGGCCCUCGAGGCAUGGAGGGACACAGCACUUUAAACCCCAUGCUCCCACCAAACUCCACCAUGCUGCUCAACACUCCUGAGGGCCAGAGUGGUCGGGCGGCUCUUAGAGACAAGCUCAUGGCCCAGCAGAGGGACCCCAUGCGCAAACGGAAGCAGUCAUCAGGCAGCGCUGCUGUAAACCACGACAACAGUAACAACAUUGUCUACAACAUGCUUAACAAAUCUGGCAUGGGAGGACCCCACAUGCCAGGGCCCAGUGCCACUGAGCAGCUGCGAAAGGUGGGCCGUCUUGGAAACCUUCCCCCAAACACCUCCAUGGCCCAGCUUCUCCAGUCCAUGAGCUGCCAGAGCUCCCACAACCUGGCCGGGAACAGUCAUCGUCCAGGUCUUAGCCCUGGCCCUGGGCAGGGUCCUCAAGGAGUUGCACAGCUGCACUACAACGACAGCACGGGCUUGGUCCCUGGUGGCCCUCAGCAGAACCUCCUUGCCCAGCAGAGGCUGCGGGGUCCAGGAGAUGCCAUGCAGCACUGCCAGACCAUGGACAACUCUGGGGGCCACCUGGGCUCUCGUCCAGGCCAGUUCCCUGACAUGAUGGCCCAAAUGCAGGCCUCCUCCAUGAGUAACUGUGGGCCUAUGGGGCCAGGCGGUGGACCUGUGGGCCCUGAUGGCAUGCCGCUAGGACGCCCCAACACUAACCCCCCACCGCUUUCCCAUCCUGGCCCUCAUCCCUCACAACAGAAUCUCCUCCACGGUAUGGGGCGGACUAACAUGGUGGUGAUGUCACAUGGAGGUGGUGAUGGAAGCUGUACGCAGACCAUUUCUGAUACAGGAAACCCAUCAUCCCUUGGCUGUGGUGUGGGAGGCCUGCAGCCACAUGUCAACGCCGGGGGAGGUCAGAUGUACCAGCAGCAGGUCCACCAGGGGAUGCAGCAGGGGGUGGCCUCCCACCCAGCCUACCAGGGCCAGCAGCACUUUUCCGACAACCCACCCUACACAGACAGCAACAUCGCCAACACCGGCUCCAUGGCCUGCCUCUACCAGAACUACCAGCAGGGGAUGUUGCCGCACCCACAGUUUGGGGAGGGGCAACAGCCCCAGGGAGAAGGGCAUCCAGCGGGCACACCUGGCUCUGACAGAGGCCCAGAGUCUGUGGAUGCCAUUUACAGAGCUGUAGUAGACGCCGCCAGCAAGGGCAUGCAUGUUACCAUAACCACCACAGUGAGUGGGACCACACAGGCAAGUCCGGUGCCUGCCCUCAGCGCCAUGAGUGCCUUCACUGCCUCAAUAGGGGAGCCUGUCAACCUCCCACAAGCAGUUAGUGCAGUCCUGCACGGGCACCAGGAAGGGGAGGUGUUACAGCAAACCAGGCCGAGGCAGGUGAGGCCAGGACGGGGCCAGAAGAACAUGGAUCCAGGGAAGAGCACUCCAGAUGGCCCUGAGGCCAAUGACUACUUCCGUUCUCCUGGCCGUGGGACUCCUAGGGGGCAGUGGGACGGGGAGACGCAGCAUGGGGCAGGUUUCGAUGCUCACAGCAACAACAGCGCCUGGGGUGGCGAGGAGUUUCUAGAGUGUUCCACCCAAGUGAGGAGUAGUCCCUGCAUGGAGAGACCCGCCAGCUUGGCUCCGGCCCCGCCUUGUCCCACCGAGGGAUCUAACGAUCAUGGUCUGGCCAUGGCCCACGAUAAAGCCUUUCUCGAUGAUGGCUAUCGCUUCAACAACUGCAACCGGACACCUGCAAACUACAAAGAGCGUCUGGAGCAGACAGUGGAACGCUGCGCCCACAUCAACGGCGCCACCCCCCACUUCAACACCCGGGGUUACGGAGAAGUCCUGGGCCCGCCCCGGCAGGAGCUGACGGGGGAUGACCAGUCACCCAGCUCCUCCACUAGCCUGGAGGGACCCCUGGCCACAGCCAAAGACUACAGCCACUACAACGGUCACUUCAACGGUAUGGCGCCCAGCCCCUCGGACACAAAGAGCCUGAGCAGCGAGGAAGACCUGCGGCAGCCAGACUCUCCCUCCUCAGAGCUGCUUCACUAUCGGUCCAGGACCUUCAACAUGGGAGAGCUGGUCUGGGGCCAACUGAAGGGCUUCCCACCCUGGCCUGCCAAGCUGGCUGGGGACGAACAAGUGCACAGUGCUGCUAUGCAGCUGCGGGAGCAGGCCAAGGUAGAGCCAGAGAAGCUAAAAACACUAACUCACGACUUGGAGGCACUUGACCGAGCCGCCAAAAGAGGCCUGAACAGACCGGGGAAACUGAAUAAUCACUUAGAAGCUGCUAUCCACGAGGCCAUGAGUGAGCUGGAUAAGAUGUCAGGCACAAUCCCAUCAAGGGAUCGUCAGGUGAAGCUCCCCAAGCCUAAGAGGAGGAAAAUAUCCAGAUAACAUUGAAUGUGUCGGCCCAAGAACGUCCUCAAAGCCUUUGGAGACUUUGUCCGUUCAGCCUUGAUGCGAUCUGAGCUCUCUAACAGGUGCUACACAUGGACUUUCAGUGGUACAUCGUUGUUCCAUGAUAUCAACUUGACUUAAUGACUGACCACAGAAGGUGCUGGAAAAUUCCAAUCACCAAUACAGUUUUAACUGUAGAAAACAAAAACAAAAAAAGAAAAAAAUAGAGAAAAACAUCAAAAACGGUUGCAAUUUGUCUACAGCUCACUGAAUUAACUAUUUUUUUCUAGUAUAAGAUAGUAAAAUAAACAAAAAAAGCUACAAGCAUUACCUUACAUAUUUAAGAAAAAUAGACAGUCCAAAUAUUUCUGAUACAUUUUCAAUAUGUAUAUAGAUAAUCCUGAAAUUUCAUGCUAUUAAGAAAUGUAUGUAAAUAUUGUACAAUGUCAUGUACAAGCGUACCUAAUGCACAUUUUAUCUUUUAUUGUACAAAAACAAAGCAGAAGAAGUGUACCAAUGUCUUGGUUUCUAUUCAGAAAUGCGGUUGCAUACGGCCGCAUGCAUAGGAUAAAUAAGAAUACAGCCUAAAGCUUUUAUAUGAUGAACUGUAAGACGUGCUGUUUUUUUUCUCUUUUUGUUUUGUUUUGUUUUUUGUUUUGUUUGUAAGGGAACAGCAGUGGAACAGGCAUGAGUAUAUGACUUCUCCAUUACAACAGCCACUUCACACCAGUUAAGUGUUCAUUUGGGAAAAAAAAUGAUUUAAAAAACAGAAUGAACUUUACCAGCAGAAAGUGUUCAAUGUUCCCCUAAGCAUGGUGGGAAACGACCAGCGGCCGGACGAAUGUUGGUAAAUCUUCAUCUGUCACCAUGACAGGAAAAUCAUGAUAUUUAGAUCCAGUUUUGUGCUAAAAAAAAGAGUCUGGUUGGCAGGUUUUAUUUUUUUAGGUUUACCAGUCAUCGUAAUUGGCAGACCAGAAAAAGCUGGUUACCUGCCAUUUUUAGAAAGAGAAAUCCACCCUGAGGCAGUUUUACUUUAAGAGUCAUUUUGUGUUGUAAGUUUGGGUGAACCAGAAGUUAAUGUUCUGCAAGAUUUUGCAGAACUCCCAAUGGUAGAGCUGAAACGAUUAGUCUCUUAGCUGAUCGACUGAUUGAUUAUUAGUCAUUUUAUCAAGCAAAAACAGUGAACAUGUGCUUCUCAAAUGUGAUCAUUUUCAGCAUUUGAUCUUUUUCAUAUCAUUGUUGGAUAUCUUCAGAUUUGGGGCUGAAAUUUGAUGACAUCAUCUUUCAGUUAUGGAAGUUGACAUGUCAUCGACUUAUCAAUGAAUCGAUUGAUCAAAAUAAUAAUCAGCAGGUAAUCGAUAAUUCAAAUGAUCACCAGUUGCGGCACCACCUGAUGGUUACCAUGCUCGCAAACUUGUAGCUGUUUGUAUCAGUAUGUUUACAUGCACUGUGUAUACAUGCAGCAGAUCAGUGCUCAGAUUUCUCCUCUACCUCCUGCAGUUUUUCUGUCCUGUCUGAAGUUUUCAGUGGUGGAACCAGUCUCAUAUAGAUUCUGGAGACUACUUAGUGUUAGAUUCUGUUGUAGUUUAAAUGAGGAUGCACUGCUACGUCUAUUAUCUCUUUGUCUGAAGUCUUUGUCAUGCAUGAGUACAUGUACAAAGCUGGUUAGAAACCCAGUUAUACAUUGUAAGAAAGCGUUUGUUGUUUACGUGGCAUUUAAGAAAUCGGCUUACUGGAGAAAGCUGUUACUUAAAAUCUCCUAAAAAUGGCCUGUGUAUAUUUCACUCAGGUCUAUUCUCUGCUCAUCAAUGCGUAGAAAUUGGCUGCUGUACCUCAUUAGUGAUGGAUUUUUCCUUCUGUUAUUGUCGACUGCCAUUCGCUGGCCGGCUUUCUGUGAGAAAAAGUAAAACUCCAAUUACGCGAACCCUGAAAUGCAACAUAAAGUCUCUAGUAGGAGUGUGUUUGGGUGGAUUUUUCCUUCACCUGCAACCAAGAAUCACAGGCUGCAUUGAUAAAUGAUGUCAUUUGAUUGUUGUGAUUAUGUUCUAGUGCUCGUUUGUACAGUGAUUUCUUCAUGACUGUAGUCGUUUUUUGCCACAACUAUAGCUUUAGGUAGAGUAACCAACCUCAGAGGCAGAGUCUAGAUUAUCAAAAAGAACACUAACUCGGUUUUCAAGAGCCGUGAAAGCAUUUCUCGCAUUUAGGGGCCUUGUGUUAUUUUUUGUUUGUUUGUUUUGCUUAUUGAUGUAAAUUAUUUAUGUACAGGACUCCAUAUUUAUUUUAAGCUUUACGAAUAUGCUAGAUGGCAAUAAUACUACCAAGAGUUGAGAACUCAAGCCUUAUAUGUGUAUAUGUAUGUUUUUUGUUUUUUAACAAGUGAAUAGAUCAUGUAUUCAUAGUCCAUUACAAAGGUCAUGUUCCCUUUAUUUAAGAAGUGAGCAUUACAGAUAACACUUUUUUUUUUUACAGUGAGGCUUUCUGAGCAUUUGUUUUUGUUACAGAUUGUGUCAUGGAUUUCUUAGUUCAAGGAAAGACCAUACUAUUUAUGAAUAUGCACGUCUGAUAAAGGCAGACGGCGUUUAUGUUGGUAAUAAAUGCAGUUUUAACACUACAAACUAUCAUGGAAGUUUCAAGCCGAAAAGCAGAAUCAUCACUUGAUCAGUCUGAAAGUAACGACAGUGAUGCACAGUAUUGGGAACUCUGGAUCAACUCGUGUGAAACAGAGGCGAAACACACAGAUCAAACUCCUCCAACAACCUGAAUCACUACAGAAUUAUCAAGUGCAAUAUACCAACUGAUGGCAAAGAUCAACCGUUUAGAAACACUGCAUCUCUGACUGUCUGAGACCUUUUCUUUUGUACAAACCUUCAACAACUUGGACUGUAAUUUGUUGCCUGUUUUCAAAACCUCUGACGUGUAAUUUGUUACUUUUUCUUUUUCUUUGGUAACAGUAUUCAUCUUUUUCAGACGUCCCAACCUAAGAGCCAUGAAGUAGUAAUUUAUUUGUAGCUUUACUUUUACACACCUGCCACAACCAUUUACCCCACUCGCCUCAAAUGUUGUGAGUUUAUGCACCCUUAUCUAAAUAUCUGAAGCACACACUAAACCUCCAAAAUCAAGCUCCACUAAAAUGCUGUUACUUGAACUUUUCAGUUGAAACUACCUGGAUUUAUAUCAAGGAAGUGAUGUUUCUCAUGUGCAGACUUUGGUAACCUUUAAACCAAAUAGUACACUACUUCAUACAGACGUUCUUCCUUUUCUCAUUCAGUAAAACAUUAAAACACGACUUUUAAAACAUAUCCAUCCCCUAACUUGUGGCCCGCAAAUUUCUGUAGUUUUAUGAUGUACCCUGAGAAAUAUCAGAAGCUUCAAAGUCAAACUGCAAGUUACAGCCAAGUAAACAGUGUCAACAGAUCGUUUGUUUCAUGUCUACACUUUUAAAAAUCUUAAAGUCAUUUGUACUGUAUUUUCUGAUGACAUCUCUCAUUUAUUUCAAAUCAUUAUUGACCUUUCUUUGUCAUGUGCACACUGAAAACCUCAAGGACAUUUUGAAAAAGCUGUUUCUGUCUGGUAUUUGUAGCAGCAAAGCCUGGCAACAUCAAAAAUAUCAGUAUUGAUGAAGCUCAGCCAAAUGUGGUUAUUUUCCAUUUUUCAUUAUGCACAUUUGAAAAUUCAGAUUGUCCAAAGUCGAAAUCCAAAGUCAGAUUGGUGGCAAGGAAAACUGUACCUGUUUAAAAAUCUCUCUCUUGGAGCUAAAUCAUCUUAAAGACAUUCAUGCUUUUGAAAAUGUCCCAGUGUCUUCAGUGUGCACACAAAUGAGAACCUCAGAGUUGAGUUUUUUUUACUGUAAUCUGUGGCAAGGAAAUCCUCCGGCCCUUUUUCAAAAUGUGACGUUCGGUGUCGAGAACACGUGAGCUCUUUCGGUAAAGUUCAUUCUGCCUCUCUUCCCCCAUUUUUUGUGCAAUGACAUGCAGGAACCCGGUCUCAUGUUGGGAACCCAUGUGUUAUGGAUCUGUUAUAUCAGUUUCAUGUUAUUUGUGGUCAAGAGUUCAAAGCAUUUUUUGUGUUUGAGAUGGUCUGUGCAGUCUAUUUUUUUCCUCCUCCCGCCGUGAUUGUGUGUGUGUGUGUGUGUGUGUGUGCGCCGAGGUGUGUGUGAUUUUUAUUUUUUUUAAAUUUUUUUUCUUUCUGCUGAUGAACUUGUUUGUUUUCUGCUCUUUGACUCUCCCUCUUCCACCCUUUCCUUGUCAGUAUUUUAUUUUUUCAACUUGUAAUUAAGUAUAUAUUUUCUCACUAAUAUAUACUUUACAAAAAAUAGACUUGCGUGAAGUAUGAUGUGCACUUGAUUGCUCUUGUUUAUUUUUCUUUUUGCAUUAAUGUGGGCUAGGGAUAGUUCGUCAGAGUCCAUUAUUUUGAGAUUGUUUGGACUUUUUUUAAUGGUUUGAUGUAAGCAGCAUUUUUUUGUAAAUAUUGUGAAACAUUACAGGUCAUGCAGUGAUGUAACAUUUUGAACAAUGUUGCACAGAUGUUUAAGAUAUUAAAAACAUGGUCACUCUUACUUGAAUAA